AUGGACGCCGCCUCCUCGUCGGACCAGGAGCAAGGCCCGCACAGGACGGUGUGGUCGGAGCCGCCGAAGCGCCCCGCGGGGCGGACAAAGUUCAAGGAAACGCGCCACCCGGUGUACCGCGGCGUGCGGCGCCGCGGCCGGGCGGGGCGUUGGGUGUGCGAGGUGCGCGUGCUAGGGACGAGGAGUUCCAGGCUCUGGCUCGGCACCUUCACCACCGCCGAGAUGGCCGCGCGCGCCCACGACGCCGCCGCGCUCGCGCUCUCCGGCCGCGACGCCUGCCUCAACUUCGCCGACUCGGCAUGGCGCAUGCUCCCCGUCCUCGCGGCCGGGUCGUUCGGCUUCGGCAGCGCGCGGGAGAUCAAGGACGCCGUCGCUCUCGCCGUCUUGGCUUUCCAGCGGCGGCAGCAGCAGCCGGCCGCGUCCCUCACGCCGUCAUCGUUGCCGGCGCAGGCGGCCGACGACGAGAAGGAAUUUCAUGGCUCGCCGGCUCCGAGCACGCUGUCCAUGUCGUCAAGCGACCUGCUGGACGAGCACUGGUUUGGUGGCACGGACGCCGGGUCGUACUACGAUAACUUGACGCCGGGCGUGCUCGUGGAGCCGCCGACCUCCAGGACGUGGCAGGAGGACGGCGUCCAGACGCCGCUCUGGACCUACCUGUUCGAAUAAUUAAGCAGUGUAAAUUUGGGGUUAUGUUUGGAUUGUUCCGUUCUUCCAAAUAUGGGAAGAAACGGAGCAGGCAUCUUGGUUAAUUUUUCACCCACCUGUUCAAUCACUCAUUCAGAAAUUCUCCUGUUUCUAUUAUAUUGGGAAGGGCUCAUUCCACUUCACUUUUUACCCGAUAUAGAAUGAGUACUGCUUCCAUUAUUGGACCUCAAUGAACUCUGUACACACUCACUUGUAACCUAAUAAAUGGCCCUUUUUCAAA